AAGUGGCCAGAAAAUGACGAAUGGAUACAAGCAUCUCUACUCAGUGAUCACAUUCGCAAUCUUUCUGCUCGUGAUUAAUUUCUACAAAAAUCGUGUCAAUCUGAACCGUGAGCGUGAGGCUUCGUUUCGGGCUGCCUCGAAGAUGAAACGUGCCGGAGUCCUGAACAAACCGCUUCCACUCGAUGUGGAAGGAGCGGAUUUCUUCUUCGGCCUGGAGCAGCAGGACGAUGAGGAUGGGCACGAGGUGGUGAUGGGCCGACAUGCUCCACACUGCCUGGAGGUGGACAUAUUCUUCCUUCCGGCGAGUGGCCAGAAUACGCCAAAGGGCACUCGUAGCAACCGGGGAACAAGAGAGCGCCGUGGCUCGAACUUGAAACCACACGACCGGAUCACCAGUAAGGAAACGGCACCCGGCGACCAACAACAAUCCACUUCACCAACCUCGAUGUACGUCUUUCUCUCCGUACUGCUGAUACUGGUGUUUGCGGCCUGUGUCGAUAUCGCCAAGCAUCUUACGACAUCCGGUCGUAACGGCACUCCCACGGACGCCCAGCGAAGACUGUCGCUGCAGAACUAUCAGGCACUGAUCAGGGAGAAGCAAAAGCAGUUCCGAAUGAUGAAGCAACACUGUUCACAACCGUCGAUGAGUAUCCAGCGUUCGAUUGAUGAGUCCUGCGUACCUUCUGGCUCGCAUAUGCCCUAUCCGGGGUACGGUGCGGGUGCUGGCUACACGCGAACAAACGAUUGGUCCACCAAGCCGGGUCCAGGCACGUCAUCGGGGCCAGCACCGUUGUUAAGACGACAAUCCGUGCCAACUUUGAUGCGCUCACCGCCUUCUACUGUGGGCGGUAAUACAGGGUUUCGAAAUGGAGCAGCACCAUCGACUGCUGCUGCUGCUGCUGCUGUUCCCCCAGCUUACUUUGCACGACGCACAUCGGUGGAUUCGUUCUGGGAUAGCGAUCAUCUAGGUAAGACCAGCGUAACAUCGCAGCAGCUUGGAAACGGUUCAUCGCCGGAAGUUAGACGACGCGUACGCAUGCUACACCGCCAUUAAGAGCGGAUUGCAAAACCCAUUUUGGCCAUUCUGUGGCGGACUAAUCCGUCGGAACGGAGAAUCAAGUAUCGGGAGGACUUCUAAGAAGCUUCCGAACGACGGUAGAUGUAUAUUUACAUCGUUUACGAAAAAUGUUCUAGAACUGUUUUGAUGUGAUCUCUUUAUAGCACUAAGAAACCUAUGAAAUAGCUUAUCAGUAGAGGCUCGACGUAAUGCUGGUACAAUCGUGACCAUACCUUCUAUACCUUCUAUAUGUAAGGAUGUGAAAAUCUAUAUUUAUACUUGCUAGCCAUUUGAACAAAAACUUUUUGAAGCGAAUCUGAACUCUGCAAGCACACCGACACCCAGCCCACAGGAUGGCUGAGUUUUUAGAAAAGUAUAAAAAUGAAUAACUUUACUGUUUUUAAGAAAUUCAAUGUGGAUUCAACUAUUACAAGAGGAGGUGGGGAAUGAAAAAGCACAUCAAUAGUUUAUCACCGACAUAAGCGUCGACAUAAAUCGAUCCACUCUGCACUAUCUCUAGCACCAUGGGAAUCUCCCACAGCUGUGCGAGGUGUGUAAUUAGGAGCCAGAUUGAUUUUAGACAGGUUGAGGCAGUUGUGGGAAAAGCAGGC